AUGCCAUCGAGAUGUGCAAGAGUCAUAAAGACGCUCUGGGAGGUGUGGGCCGAGCCGCUCGUCGAGACCCUCGGCAUACACGAGCCACACGAUCGAAGCUACGGUAGAUGCAAUGUGCCCUUUUCACCGAUGGAGAAGCGGCUUCACGAGAAGGACGAUGUCGAGGUCUCCUUUCACAAAGUCAUGCUCGACAAUGGCAAGGAUUGGGUGUGGUACCAGAUUUGGCAGGAUCCCGUUGCGAUCAGACAGACCGGUCGCAAUGCCGAUAUGAUCUUCGUUCAUGGAACAGGCGUACACUCAGGCACCCUUGCGAGCCAGUGUCGGCGGUACCUCGACGCCGGCUUCCGCCUGAUCGUGCCGGACCUGCCAUCGCACGGCUUCUCCUCUGGCCUGCACGUCUACCAGCGCGACAUGUCCGGCUUCUGCGCUGGCCUUCACUCUGUCCUCCACGAUGUCUCUCGUCGCGACCAUCCCAUCUCUCCACCCACAAAGCUGGAGCGGCGUCCCACAUUCAUGCUCGGUCUUUCCUUCGGCGGGCUCGUCGCCUUCUCCUACGCGCUCCAAUACCCCUCUUCCUACCGAUUCUCCCUCACGGACCCAACCGAGAUCCCCAUCGACGGCCUGAUCGGCGUCGGUCCUAUGGUGGCCUACAACACGCGCUUCGUCGUGGUGAGCUUCUGGAUGCGACUUCUCUUCCUCUUCCUCCUCCACGUCUUCCAACUCGGGCGACUCGAGGUCAUUGUUCCACACAAGCGCGCAGUGGAUCGCGAUCCAGCCGUCUACGAGUCUCUCAUCAUGCAAGAUCCACGAUCACACCAGGGCGCGUUCCGAAUCGGCCACCUCAACUGCAUCAACAACGCCAUGGUCCAACUCCAACGCCGGGCGGGGGAAAUUCGACAUCCCGUAUACAUCCAGAUGGGGGGCCAGGAUAAGGUCGCCGAUACCGACGCUGCGUUGAAGUGGAUCAGAGCGACGAGCAGUAAGGAUCGCAGAUACGAGGUCUAUCCGAUCUGUCAACAUGUGAUCUAUAAGAAGGCGAAGAGUCAGCAUGAUGAUCUGGCGGGGAGGAUCAGUGUCAUUGCGGAUAACGUGGAGUGGAUGGUGGAGCGUGCGCCACCUAGCAUGCCGACUCAGGCUGUGGGUGACAUGGGAUGCGAGCGGCCGGAGAGGGAUGGUAGCGACGAGAGCGGCGCGAGCAUGAGCAGGACCACUUCGGUCAUUUCGCUGUUCGACGUGGACGAUGACGAGACGGGAUCCGUGGCCACAACUGCCCUGGCUACGCCGUCGCUGACAGACGAGGAGUCAGUCGCUCACGCCAAGGCAGAGAGGUCAGAAAUGGAAGUAGGCGGUCAGAGCCACGUCUUGCCUGAGCACCUGCGCGGCUGGAGAACCGACGAGGAUGGGGAGAAGAGACUCUACCGGGUCACUUGGAACUUCAAAGAAGACUCCCGACCUUUCCUGUACGAUCCCUGCCCCGCCCCUUGUUCUCUCUAG